AUGAACAGAGCACUCCGCCGGCUGCAGCGGUAUGGAGUUGCGCCGCCUACCCUCUCCACACGGCAGAUCCGCUACAUUGCCUUCGCCAUCUUCGUACUUGUAAUAUACACUGUAUUUAUACCUUCCCACGAACCACCACCACCACCACCAUCAUCAUCAUCACCACUAGAUAACGGAGGUUUCGGCGCCGGCGAAGACUUCGUGCCCCCAACGCCAAAACCUCCUCCUCCCUCCAAAGGCAGCUCGAACAAAAAUGCUAGUCCAUUUCGAAUACAAGCAAAGUUUGGGACCGAGACUGCAGCUGCGAAGGGCAUAAGAUUGGAGAGGCAGAAAGAGGUUAAGGAGGCGUUUAUUCACGCGUGGGAGGGGUAUAAGAAGCAUGCGUGGCUGCACGAUGAAGUGCUGCCCAUAUCAGGGGGGUAUAAAGACCCAUUCGUCGGGUGGGCCGCAACGCUUGUCGACGGCCUCGAUACACUGUAUAUCAUGGGCCUGCAGGAGGAAUUCGAAUACGCAUUAGAAGCUCUGGAGAGUAUCGAUUUCAGCAAGCCGAAUGUGGAGAGGGUACCCGUGUUUGAGACAACGAUCAGGUACCUCGGUGGUAUGCUGGGAGCAUAUGAUAUCAGCGGGGGGAAAUAUCCGAUUUUGCUAGAGAAAGCGGAUCAAUUGGGCGAACUUCUCUUUCGUGCUUUUAACACGGCGAAUGGGAUACCGGUGCCUUAUUACUUUUGGCGGAAAGAGGAUAAGAAACUGCAAGGGGAGACCAAUGUUUUGAUUGCGCAGAUGGGGUCCCUCUCGCUCGAAUUCACACGGCUUGCUCAACUUACUGGGAAGAAGAGGUACUUCGAUGGGAUAUCGAGGAUUACAGGCUACUUGGACCAAGCACAGAACCACACUCUGAUUCCGGGGCUGUGGCCUUGGACGGUCGAUACAACGGGUCCUGAUUUCCCCUCUGCAACCUUCACUCUAGGUGCUUGGGCCGACUCCUUGUAUGAGUACUUACCAAAGGAACAUAUCCUUCUCGGCGGAAAGAGCGACCAAUACCUCCGCAUGUACAACACAGCUCUGGUCCCCGCCAGCGAAUACCACUUCUUCAAACCCAAAACACCAGGCGACCAAGACAUCCUGUUUACCGGGAAGGUAGAAGCCAGCAGCGGUUCCCCCGUCCUCAGCACAGAAGUGCAGCACCUCGGCUGCUUUGUAGGUGGUAUGGUCGGUCUCGGCGCACGCAUCAACGACUCCCCCUCCGAACUCGCGAUGGCCAUCCGCUUGUCUGAUUCCUGCUACUGGGCGUACACAAACACCGCCUCUGGAAUCAUGCCUGAGGUCUUCUACAUCGAUCAAUGUCCCGCUGAAGGCUCUUGCACCUGGACCGACGAGGAGAAAACCGGGUUGGGGAAACAAUAUGGAUUCACACGGGUCGAUGAUUCGACCUAUCAGCUCCGACCGGAAGCGAUUGAAAGUAUCUUCAUCAUGUGGCGCAUCACAGGCGAUCCAGAGUGGAUGGAGAAGGGGUGGCGGAUGUGGCAGCCUAUUGCAAAUCACACGCGGACCGAGAUCGCCAACGCGCGGUUACGCGAUGUGACGAGCGUGAGUCCGAAGCAGGAGGAUGGUAUGGAGAGCUUUUGGUUGACGGAGACGUUGAAGUACUUUUAUUUGUUGUUUAGUGAGCCGGGGACGGUGAGCUUGGAUGAGUUUGUACUAAACACGGAAGCGCAUCCCUUCAGACAGCGAGAUCAUUUACUGACUUGA